AUGAACGUCAUCAAUAACAGCAGCCCUUCCUUCCACAACUGCCGCUCAUACAACACCACUUACCGGAGCCGCAGACAGAGUCGGAACGUCGUUCUCAAGUACAAAUGCAGGCAAAGACUCUGCCUCAAGAUCUUCAUCCGGCGGAUGUCCAACCCCAACAACGAUUACAGUAUUUCCACACUCAAGACCAUGAACAGCAAGCGCAGAAGCGACGCCAUAGCCAACACUCUCGAAAACCUGGAGAUGCUCGGGGCCGAGAAUGUCGCUUCGCCAACAACUCAGCUUACCAAAGAUAAGGCCAAGGGCAAGAAGGACAAAGAUGAGGGAGAGGCCAUUGCCAUGGAGAAUGUGGAGUUUACAUGA